ACAAACUUUCCUUUAUAAAAAGCGUGAGCGAGUAGUGGAUCUAAUUAUUCAGUUGUUAUUGGAGCAUGGUCUUCUCUCAAAACAGAAAAGAAACGACGAAAGAAAGAAAGGAGAUAUGGAGAAUGGAAACACGUCAUCCUCAGGAAUAGCAAGAACGAAAUCGGAUCAGCUAUUGAUGAUGGAAUCGGCGACGGCGGCGAAUAGUAUUAAGUCAUCGCCGGAGAGUGGUGGAGGAGGAAACCUGUCUCGGAAAUCGAGCAGGAGGAUGACGCACAUAAGGAAGUCUCGGAGCGCGCAGAUGAAGAUAGAGGUGGAUGAGGUGAGCAGCGGUGCGGCACUUAGCAGAGCGUCAAGUGCGAGCUUGGGGCUGUCUUUCUCCUUCACUGGCUUCACUCUUCCUCCUGAUGAUGAAAUCUCCGACUACAAGCCCUUCAGUGACGAUGAUGAUAUCCCGGAAGAUAUUGAAGCUGGAACUCAUAAGCCAAAGUUUCAAAUGGAUCUUACUCUACCAAUAUAUCUAAAGUUCAGUGAUGUGACAUAUAAGGUAGUGAUGAAAGGAAUGACAACAAGUGAAGAGAAGGAUAUACUGAAGGGUAUAACUGGUUGUGUGAGUCCAGGGGAAGUUUUGGCAUUGAUGGGACCCUCAGGAAGUGGAAAAACAUCACUGCUGAAUCUUCUUGGAGGAAGAAUAACUCAUCACCCCACUGUUGGUGGAUCUAUCACCUACAAUGACCAGCCUUAUUCUAAGUUCCUCAAGAGUAGGAUUGGAUUUGUGACACAAGAUGAUGUUCUGUUUCCUCAUCUAACUGUAAAAGAAACAUUGACAUAUGCAGCCAGACUAAGAUUGCCAAAUACAUUAACUCAGGAGCAAAAGGAACAACGUGCUUUAGAUGUCAUCUAUGAGCUUGGUUUGGAAAGGUGCCAAGACACUAUGAUAGGAGGAUCCUUUGUUCGAGGAGUAUCUGGGGGAGAGAGGAAGAGAGUCUGUAUUGGCAAUGAGAUCAUAAUCAACCCUUCUCUUCUUCUUCUUGAUGAACCAACUUCUGGCCUCGAUUCUACAACAGCCUUGAGGAUUGUUCAGAUGCUACAACACAUAGCAGAGGCUGGUAAAACGGUAGUGACAACAAUCCAUCAACCAUCAAGCAGGCUCUUCCAUAAAUUUGAUAAGUUGAUCCUUUUAGGAAAAGGGAGCUUGAUUUACUUUGGAAAAGCAUCCGAAGCUAUGUCUUACUUCCAGUACAUAGGGUGUUCACCUCUCAUCACCAUGAACCCAGCAGAGUUUCUACUUGACCUUGCAAAUGGUAACAUAAAUGAUGUUUCUGUUCCAUCAGAGUUAGAGGAUAAAGUUCAAAUGGGGAAUUUGUCAGAAGCUGAAACUCGCAAUGGGAAACCAUCACCUGCACUUGUGCAAGAGUAUCUAGUGGAGGCGUAUGAGACUAGAGUUGCUGAAACAGAAAAGAAAAAGCUACUGGUUCCUAUCCCCCUUGAUGAAGAACUCAAGUCUAAGGUUCUUUGUUCUAAAAGACAAUGGGGAGCAAGUUGGUGUGAGCAAUUUUCCAUCUUGUUCUUGAGAGGAUUCAAAGAAAGGAGGCAUGACUAUUUCAGCUGGUUGAGAAUCACACAAGUUCUAUCCACAGCAGUCAUCUUAGGAUUGCUAUGGUGGCAAUCAGAUGCUAAAAACCCAAAAGGCAUGCAAGACCAGGCAGGACUACUUUUCUUUAUUGCUGUGUUUUGGGGAUUCUUUCCUGUCUUCACUGCAAUAUUCACAUUCCCACAAGAGAGAGCAAUGUUAAAUAAGGAAAGAGCAACAGAUAUGUAUAGACUAAGUGCAUAUUUUGUGGCAAGAACUACAAGUGACCUUCCAUUAGACCUUAUCUUACCAGUGCUUUUCCUCUUAGUUGUUUACUUCAUGGCUGGAUUGAGACUCAGUGCAGGACCAUUCUUGCUUAGCAUCCUUACAGUUUUUCUCUGCAUAGUUGCAGCUCAGGGACUUGGACUUGCUAUUGGGGCAACACUAAUGGACUUGAAAAGGGCAACAACAUUGGCUUCAGUUACUGUAAUGACUUUCAUGCUUGCUGGAGGCUUUUUGUGAAGGUAAACUUAAUUAACCUGUUGAGUAGUUUCAAUGGUAACUCAAACAAGUAACUAACAUGCUUCGAAAUUCGGCAGAGGGUGCCGAUAUUUAUAUCGUGGAUCCGGUACAUAUCUUUCAACUACCACACGUACAAACUUCUGCUGAAGGUGCAAUAUGAUGAAGAAGUGACACCAAUGAUAAAUGGAAUCAGAAUUGAUAGUGGCUCAACAGAGGUGGUUGCUCUGAUAGCAAUGGUUUUUGGUUACCGUCUAUUGGCAUAUCUUUCCUUGCGUUGGAUGAAUGUUUCAUAAUAUGGAGCUUAACACUGUGAAUGGAAAACAUUAAUAUAUUGACUCAAGAUUCAUUCCUGAGGAGGACUUACCAAGUGAUGUGCCAAGCACUGAUGGGAUUAUGCAGCUUCUGUCCUUUCUUUAUUCCUUCCUUCCUGUAUUUCAAUUUCAUAGCCACAUUAGUAUAUGGACAGUUUAGAGGAACAGGAUGCUCUUUUUGAAAGAAUUGUAUUAACUCUUAGAAUCGAAGACUUGCUUAUCAGAGGAGCCAUAACUCUAGCAGUUAUUAGUAGCUAGAAAUUAAAUAUGGGUAUGGCUAUAUGCUAUUGUUGAGCUUUAAGAACUAGUGAUAUUGCUAUCAGCUACUCACUAGUAAAGUUUCAGAUAGGAUUUAGGAAUAAUAUUAUAAUUUUUUCUAUCA